AUGACCAUUUCUACCGUCGGGGUUGGCGCCGCUGUCACGCCCACGGUGCUGAAGACAUAUAUCUCCCACUAUGCGAACCACAAACCGCGACGGCAUAAACCUACCGCACACAUAUCCUACGACGAAGGACUUCAUCUCAUCCGAACCUUCUUGAAGUAUGCCUCUCGCCAUACCGUGGAGGACUUGCAAGCCUUUACCGCUCAAUGGGUGCCCACCCCUGCUUGGGUGAGAACGGAGAAUGUCUCGAUUCCCGCCGAAUAUGUCUCCAAGGCAGCGAAAGCAAUUACCGAUCAACUAGGGGAAGCGGGCAUUCAGCAGGUUGGGGGCUCUCAAUGGUGGCAAUGGCGUCCCAAAGAGAUGGAACUCACGGCAGACUGGAUCGAGAUGCGCACGCACUACAACGAGCUGAAGAAGAAGGGUGUCAAAAGUAGGAGGAUAAUGCUCUAUGUUCACGGCGGCGCAUACUACUUCGGCAGCGUGGAUGAACAUCGAUAUCAGAUGCAAAGGCAUGCCAGAAAACUUCAAGCUCGUGUCUUUGCCCCGAGGUACCGCUUGGCUCCGCAGUUCCCGUUUCCUUGUGGGUUGCAUGAUUGUCUCGCCGCGUACCUCUUCCUUCUCACGCUACAUGAGUCCACCGAGGUUGUUUUGGCAGGAGAUUCAGCCGGGGGUGGUUUGCUCGUCUCCAUGAUGUGUCUGCUGCGAGAUCAAGGCCUCCCUUUACCCGCUGGAGCCAUCCUCAUCUCGCCUUGGGUGGACUUGACUCAUUCAUUUCCCAGCUUGGUUGGUAGCGAUGAGUUGGAUUACAUCCCUUCUCAUGGGUUCAUGCACAAACCGUCCAUGUCAUGGCCACCUCCCAACGAUCAUGAACUCGCUCUCAUCAGUGCUAUGGUACAAGGUCAAGAUGUCCCGGCUAACAUUAUCAAAGCGGCGGCCUCAGCAGAACUGCAUUCCGGCUAUUCAGAACACAAGCUCUCUGGCCAUCCAGAAGGCGACAGAGAGGAGUCCCCAGAAGCGUCAGUACCAAUCAAGCGCGAUGGAGAGGUUCGAUCGGGAUCGCAGCACUACUUGUCUGUCGAGCUCGAUGGAAAACGAGUCACCUUGAAGGACCAGAUCCAAAUGUAUACGACCAAUCAGCUCUUGGCGCAUCCGUUGGUGUCGCCCGUACUGCAACCAUCUCUCGGUGGUCUUCCUCCUGUACUGAUACUCACUGGUGGAGGUGAACUCCUCCGGGACGAACAGAUCUAUCUGGCCCAUAAAAUGGCCAGUCCAUCCGCAUACCCACUGGGCUCGGAGUACCGCUCAAGAUACGAUCCCGGCGAUGCGAUGCUCAAAAAGUAUCGACCGACCCCUGUCCAAUUGCAGGUAUGGGACGACCUGUGCCAUGUUGCUACAACUUUGUCCUUUACACGGCCGGCAAAGUUCAUGUACAGGUCGGUAGCGCAGUUCGGGGCAUGGGCUUUGGCAAGGGCUCAAAGAAGGGCGAUCGAGAUCGUAGACGAUGACAACAUCUCGAUCAUUUCGUCCGAGUCGGAGUCGGAUCCCCAGGCAAAGGGUGAAGCUGAAGCCGAAUCGUCCGACGACAACUUGCCAAAACUACAAUUAAACCCGUCGGCAGUGACCGGUAGUGUCGGUCGAGCUGGCGAUCCCUUACCUCGUUUUGUUGGUAACAUGAUACGUGAGAGAGUCGACCUUCAUGGAAGGACUCAUCCUCUUGCUGACAUUCAUGAUCUUCCCGCUCUCCAGUUGGGACCGGAUGAAGUGGGAGUGGUCAAACCGGGUCCAGUGCGGAAAUGGCUGGAGGCAAGAAAGGAUUGGGACACGAAGUAUUCGAGCGCCAGCAGCAAAGUGCGCAAGGAACGCAUCAAGGCACUGGCCACUGGGGAAAUCAAGGGGUUCGAGGGUGGCGACAAUCCUCCGCCCAGCGCUCUUGCAGCUCGACGCACCGACAUGGACAUUCUGGUCAAGAAGAGGAAGAGGAAGAGCUUCGGCCUCGCCAUGUGGAGCAAUUGGGGAAGUAGACAUGAUGAAUCUACAAUGAGACGAGAGCAGGAGGCCGUGAAGGCGGAGAAGUCAAACCAAACAGCUGACGAUGUUGAUCGAGCCGGAUCUCAGGCUCUUGAUGAGGCGGACGGACAAGUCAGUCUCACUCCCGCUGCUGCACACCGACCGACUUCCCGACAGAGCCGGCUGCGGAGUUUCAGCGCCUCGAGGAACAGAAGCACCAGCACGAAACGGCGGCCCAGCGAGUCCAAGGUACAAGGACGAAGACGGACCAUUAGUGUAACGGAUGCGGGACAAACGGAAGGCAGUCAAACGCCGCCAGAUCUUUCAAUACGACAAACGACUUCCGCAACGACAACACACGACGAUUUGAGAUUGGCGCCGGGACAGUCUCCCGCCAUACCAACCAGCCCCUUACCACCCCAUGAUGCUCAACUGCAGUCUCCCGACGCGGCGCUUCUUUCGUCGGGGUUUCUACCUCGAUUCAAGACCGCAUCCCAUCUCCGCGACGAAUCCGGUUCACGUACUCUCUCGGACGUUGCGAGCAAUAGGACCGGUCGCAGCGGACUUACCUCCGACAACGCAAGUACACGAGCGGUUUUCGCCGCGCAUGGGGUGUCGAAGAACAUGGAUGAAAGACAUGACGACGAGCAAGGAAAGUCUCGGAUUUCGGAUCAUCUCGCGACAACCAGCAGACCUGGAAGUCCUCUGGGCCUUGAAAGUAGGGGCUUUGCUUCAGAUACCGCGAGCGUAAGCGCCGAGUCCGAAGACGAGACUACGAACGAAAGGACCGGUGCUAAGGGCUCUGUCCCGAAAAACUCUCGUCCACGACAGGACGCAGACAACACUCCGGCCUCUACUAUCUCUCCUGGUCCUGGUCCGGCUCCGGCUCCUGGACACUUGGGUUCCGAUUCACCCCGGAGUCAGCGCAGCUUGGAACGUCUACAGAGUCACCAGCACGAUGAAGGGAUGGGUCGGAUGCAACCUCUCCGCAGUCUCAGUUCUACUGCUGUGGUCCGGGCUGAUGGCAUUGUCGGCGUCGUUGAUGAUGAUGAUGAUGAUGAUGAUGUUGAUCCUACUGGGGCUGGUGGUGGUGGUGGCGUAUUGAAUGGUGGCGGUCCCGAUUCGCGUGUCGGUGUUGACGAAAGAGAUAUGAACGGCAAGCCACAGCCUUCUACCACGAAGGCAAACCCAGCAGAGACGGAGACGGAGACGGAUUCAGGAAGACCAAAACUAUAUGAUCGGGCGGACACGACGUUCCGGACUGCCGUGGAACGAAUGUCUUGA